AUGGUGAAGAAGUGGUCGACGGAGAUGUUGGCUAUAUUUGAAACGCAUGCUAGUGGAGAGAGAGCAGGGCAGAUUUGUCGCGGUUUGGGCUUUGAGAACUCGUUUAUAGUUGAUUUUGUAGGUCAAAGUGGUGGUUUGUGGUUACUCUGGAGACAGGAGAUCGGGGAUGUGGUGAUUGUGAACUCAGCGGAGCAGUUUAUCCACGCACGAGUGACGAAGGAGACGGAGGUACUACAUCUUAUUGUGGUGUAUGCGGCACCAACAGUAAGUCGGAGGAGUGGGUUGUGGGCGCAGUUGAAGGAAGAGACAAGGUUAAUCACUGAUCCGGUUAUCAUUGGUGGGGAUUUUAACACAAUUGUCCGCUUAGAUGAACGGAGUGGAGGGAAUGGCAGGCUUUCUCCAGACUCACUGGCGUUUGGUGAUUGGAUAAACGAGCGAUGA